UCCCUCGGACACAGCGGAUCACCAAUCCAUGGAAAGAGCCAAAGAUGUUGGCCCGGUCAUGUGAUCAGCUGUGUCCAAUCACAGCUGAUCACAUGGGACAUGUACACAGAUCAUCAGAGCACUGAUGAUCAGUGUGCCCUGAUGAUCUGUGUAACCCCAGCAGUGCCACAUGUCAGUGUCCAUCAGUGCCAGCUCUCAGUGCUCAUCCAUGCCACCUGCCAGUGCCCAUCAGUGCAACAUCAGUGCCACAUUUCAGUGCCCAUCAGUGCCACAUCAAUGUCACAUAUCAGUGCCCAUCUGAGCUGCCUUUUAGUGUCACCCAUCAGUGCCACCUGCCAGUGCCCAUCAGUGCCACCUGCCAGUGCCCAUCAG